GUCAUGCCUUUUAUUGUUUUCCCUGUUUGCUAUUUGAAAGUUCUGGCACUGACAAGUGGACAAAAACAGGGGUUUCUGACUUGAAGCAUCUCAGUGAAAAGUGCAAGCGGCAUGAAAGUACCCGAAGUCAUCUUGACAACGCUCUGAAGCUCCAGUUUUUUGGGAAGCGUAGCAUUGUUGAACAGCUAGAUGCAAGCUACAGAAUUGGAAUUAGAAGGCACAAUGAAGAGGUCACAAAAAAUCGGCACAUCCUGUCUAGAAUUAUAGACUGUGUAAAAUUUUGUGGUGCAUUUGAGCUAGCUUUGCAUGGCCAUGACGAGAGCGAGAGAUCGGAGAAUCCCGGGAUAUUCCGUGGCUUGGUCGAUUUUGUUGCUUCGCUUGAUGGAGUUUUGAAAGAGCACCUCGAGAAUGCCACUGUGUUUAAGGGAACUUCCAAAACUGUGCAGAACGAGCUGUUGGACUGUAUGUUGUCCGUUGUGAAGGAGCACAUUAUGCAAGAAGCACGGAGCAGCAAUUUUCUCUCAAUCCAGGCCGACGAAACCACCGAUAUUGCCACUCAUUGCCAACUUGUGCUUGUACUGCGCUACAUCGAUGCCAAAAACAACGUACAGGAGAGGUUUUUUGAGUUUAUUCCUCUGCAUUCAACCACAGCGGAUUCCAUCGCUACAGCACUACAAGAGCGCCUUGCUGUCAUCCUACCAGAAGAUCAGAAACAUAAGCUAAUCUCCCAAGCAUAUGAUGGAGCCAGCGUGAUGAGGGGUGCCACUGCAGGUGUGCAAAGGAAGAUUCAAGAUGUGUACCCAAAUGCCCAUUACAUCCACUGCUAUGCACAUCAGCUGAACCUAAUAAUGCAGCAAGCCACUUCUCAAAUACCCAAAGUGAGAGUUUUUUUUUCUACCCUUGGAGGAUUUGCCAGCUUUUUUGCAAGAUCACCCAAGCGCACAGAAGUUCUUGAUAAAGUUGUUGCCCAUAGAUUACCAACAUCAAGCAGUGUACGAUGGAACUUUCACAGCCGUGCCGUCAAUACCGUGUUUGAGCACAGAGAGGACCUCAUCCACUGUUUUGAAACUAUGCGAGAUUCAGGUGACUUUGACCCUAUUACCGUCAGAGAGGCAGUAGCCUUUGCCAUGCUGUUGGAGGAUCAGGAUUUUACAUUUUUUCUGACGCUUUUCCACAACAUCAUGCCGCAUGUGGACCUCCUCUAUGCCAAACUCCAGAAGAAGAACAUAGAUUCAGUCCACAUUAAGGGGAGCAUUGAGCAGUUCCAGCAGGACGUACAGAAGAUCAGAGAUUCUUUCACAUCCCUGGUUGACAGAAGCAGUGAAGGUGGUUCUCAACCGAAGAGGCGGUGCUCACUCGAUCCAGAAGGUCAUAAACGCAUUGCAGCCGAGGUCUGUGAUACCAUAUUGGUACACACCAAGGAACGCUUCUCCUUCACAAACCACCUUGUUAGUGCCACCUUGCUUCAAGCAGACAGGUUUCAACACUACACAGUGUCGUUUCCUGAGGAUGCACUGAGCAAGACUUUGCAGGCCUAUCCAGUGCUCAAUGGGAGUAAAUUGAAGACAGAACUUAGUCUGAUCUACAGCAAAGAAGAUUUCAGAAAGUGUGAUGGUGCUUUGGACCUAUUCCAGUUAUUUAUGGAAAACAAUCUUGAAGAAAUAUUUGGAGAGACUGUCACACUCCUAAAAAUCCUCAUCACCACACCCAUGACCACAGCAGAAGCUGAGAGGUGCUUCUCAACAUUGAAGAGAAUAAAGACUUUUCUAAGAAAUAGCAUGACCCAGGAGAGACUGAAUGCAUUGGCCAUGCUGUCAAUGGAAAAGAGAGUGGUGACUGAGAUGACGGACUUCAAUCAGAAGGUCAUUGAAAAAUUUGCAAAUCAGAAAGAAAGGAGAGCAAAAUUUAUUUUCAAAUAGUACUACUGCUGGCAUGAAUGAGAAUGUGGCGUGCAUUUGUAUUUUGUUACCUUUACUCUAAUUCAGAGAUUUUUUGUUGUUGGUUGUUGUACAAUAAAGUUUGUU